GAGAGAUAGAGAGUGUGUGAGGAGGAAGAGUCGAGAUACUCACAGAAACAGAGGCAGAACAUGCACUUGUGAGUCAGAGUGUGUGUGCGGGUGUGUAUGAGUGUUUGCUCUCGGACUGAGAGAAAGAGAGAAAGAGAGAGGAAGACAGGGAAAGAUAAAUGGCCUCAUUGAAAGACAUUGCAGAGAAAUAGCAUACGAGUGAGAAUUCCUGGUAAGAAGAGGAUGGAGAGAGUGUGAGAACAUUGAAACGAGCGGACGCUGAGAUCCACAAAUCCUCUUACACAACCGACUGGGUGAAUGACUGAAUGAGUGAGUGAGUGACCAAGACCAACACUGGACCAAAGAAGGACAAGAAGAAGAAUAGAACGGUGCUUGGUGACGCAUCUGACAUCUCGUCCUCCAUCUUUCCCAUCCUCCACCCUUCCAUCCAUCCUUCUUGGAGACAGGCAGCAAAGUCUUUCCUCGGUCCUCUCGCAUGCAACAGGAGCAUCUGCUGCGAUGGGCAGCGCUCAGAGGGACAAGAUAGCCUGAGACAGCAGCAGAAUCGCAGGAACUUUGUGUCCCCAUGUGAGAAAGACGUCAAGAUCUCAUUAAUUAACAACACCACUUGUCCAAAUCCAGAGACUCACCACUAAAUACGCACUCAAGACAGCUAAAUACAGGAACAGAAACGACACUACCUAUGACUCUGCAUAUCUGCGCCACUUUGGGAAAAGUGCUGGAAGCAAGUAACGCCUGGCAAGACUCCUGAGACACUCUCGGACCUGUCACGACACCAAAGAGUGGAUGCACAAUCUGUCAAGCUCAACGCAGACCCCUUAAGAAAUUCUGGUCUUUUAAGGACUGGGAGAACACCUUCCAGAUCAUUCAGAUGCCACAUGAGCACCUCCCCGAAAAGCUUAUCAGAACAAAGGUCAGGGAGGUGUAAGCAUAGCCAAUCACAAGGAGAAGCAAGAACAAGGCAGGGUCAUACCACAGCGGGGACCUGAAAUAGGAAGAAGGUUGAAAUAUAGCUUCUGUUGCUCUGGUUGCGUAAGUUCCUUUCUGAAACUCAUUAAGCAACCUGUGAGAAAGUCUACGGACAUUUGGCUAACAAUAGUAUUGAACUAAACAGUGUUUCUUAGUAAGAUCCUACUCUGUAUUUAGGUCCUUAUUGUAUUUAUGUGCCGUACCAGUGUAAACACUGAAACAAUUGCCAACAUAUCUUCUUUGUAGAGUUCAGCCAUUCCUUUGUAAGUAAUAAUAUCACUGAAUAUCCUGUUACAACGAAUUAACAACUCUCAGUUGUGCAAUAUCAGUGAACAGGGUGCAAGUUGUUGCCUCAAGACUUUGUUAAUCACUUGAACCACAAACUGCAACUUUUCGUGACCUCUGAAGCAAGACAUACUAGUCUGUUGUCCUUCAGGACUUUUUAUACCGUGCACUGGCUGGAAGUCUUUGUCCAUCUGUGCCACAUAAAGACUCAGGGUGACGCAGCCCGUGACCAAGGAGGGACUUUGAGUCAGCAAUGGAAAAACCCAUCCGUCCUCACGUCCCCUGCAAUGGCUGAGUGUCCUCCCCCAGUGCACUGAAGACGUUCUCUGCAGGACCGUACGCUACACCCAGUUCCUCUAGCCAAGAACACCAAGCCUAGGAGUGAAUGUCCUGCCUGCGGCGCCAACCUGUGACCAUCCCCAUGGACACUGUCAAGAUCAUCCAGUCAGAGAAGUUCCCUCGGGAGUGUCCGGUCCCUGUGACCCAGCCUCGCUAUGCCCCACCUCCCCGUGUGGCGUGGGAUGGAGGAGGCGAGGGGGAGGUGAUCGUCAACCAGGCAUGUGGCGACCUGUCCAUGGAGGUCAACGGCAACACCGUGAUCCCACCCAGACCCCUAGUGUCUCCUCCUGCCCCUGUCCUCCGCCGGGAAGCAAGUUAUCUUGCCCAACGCAAGGCCAGCACAUCCGACAUCUGCUACCACCAGUUCCACUACAAGAUGGACGACGUAAUCGUCAAUCAGUACGUGCUCCGCUCUUCCUCUACUUCUUCCUCCUCAUCCUCCACCUCCUCAGGCCCGGUGAUGCCGUGCGAACCGCUGGACUGCCCCACAUGUGGACACACCUACAACUUUGCUGGCAAGCGCCCACGCAUCCUGUCCUGUUUGCACUCGGUGUGUGAGGAGUGCCUGCAGAUCUUAUACGAGUCCUGUCCCAAGUACAAGUUCAUUUCCUGCCCCACUUGCCGCCGUGAGACCGUGCUAUUCACCGACUAUGGGCUAGCCGCGCUGGCCAUCAACACCAGCAUCCUCAGCCGGCUGCCGCCUGACCCCGCGGGGACAGUGCAGUGGGGCAGCGACGGUGACCGCAGCUGCUAUCAAACGGUGCGCCAGUACUGUCAGUCGGCUUGCACUUGCCACAUUGCCAACCCUCUUUCCUCUUGUGGCAUCAUGUAGAACGGAGAGGGCGGAUGACCGGCACAACUCAUCCUAAAAGCUAUUCCACCAUCUGAAAACCUUGAGUCACACACAUUUACCUUCUCCGAAGGGUCACAGAUGUAUCUGUAUAUUUAAUAGCACAGGAUGCUAUGUGGACUUGAAGUGAAAAAGACACUUGUGUGCAAGACAGAGAUAUCAAAUAUCAGAGUAAAUGUAUUUUAUGUAUGAACUGAUUUCCCUAUAGCCCUCGAUCUCUUGUUUGGAUGUGUUCGUCAUUGACAUCUCUUUACAUGGGAAUGCCAAGGGAAGUCUAUCUCCCCCCAUCCUGGGUAUAAUAAAGACCAAUAAAGAAUUUAAAAAGUCAAACUGUUUGUUUGGUCUAAACUUUCACUUGCUAAGUUGCUAAGCUAUAAGCAAUUAGGCUGAUUUGCGAACAUCUGCUAGCCUUAAAUCCCGUUCACACCUAGGGUGACCACCUGUCCCACUUUGCGUUGUACCGCACAGCAUUUUCACCCCUUGUCCUACGUGUCACAUAUUGAGAAAAUGUCCCACAUUUUCAUCAGUCUGUUGGUUUUUAAUUAUCAUAUUAAGAACAAAUAUGUUAUUUUGCCUUUUUAAGAAAGCUUUUUAUUCUUUUUGCGGUGUAGUUCUCGCGCAAAGGAUUUGCGGACCUCUUGCGGAUUAAUUUUACUCUCAUAAAAAAAUGCGCUUUCUCUUGCUUGCAUGUGCAUGCUCAGAAACAUAAAUCAGUGCAUAUGACAACGGACGUAAUCAGUAUUUACAGUGUAACAGUAGAAAAUUUAUCUGUCACACACGUGUCCCGCAUUGUCCUGCAAAAUCACAUCUAUGUCCCCCAACGGAUCUAUUGCCAGGUAAUCAACCUAUUCAAACCAAGAAUGAUAACUAUAAAGAUAAUUAUAUUAGCGUCCACACCAGUGGACGAUAUUGUCUGUUUAUUCUAAUGGUGUGUACACACCAAAAGCGAAUUUAACUAUUUGCGCAAUUAGAUUACAUACAAAGUCAAUGCAAAGACACAUAUAAGCAUGCAUUCGUGCCAGGUGACAUGAAUGAAGUGAACUGGGCAACACAAUUGCUACAAAUGCGUGAUAUUGUGCGUCUUUCAUGCAAUUUGAAAAACUGUAAUUCGAGCGAAAAAUUUGCAUGGCACAUUGUCGCACAAGCCAUUCUGAGAAGAACUUAUCAACACGUCCAGUUUGACACAUCCGGUUGUAUCAGAAAAUGGAGGAAAGCAUUACGCAAUGAUUUUAUUUGCACAGGUGACACGGAAGACAUCCCGUGAGUAAACUAGAGUGAUAACUCGAUGAGAUUGUUUGCUUCACACGUGUACACACACGCCUGCUGGUUUAAAUUCUCAAGCUUGUUAUAGUAGGAUUGAUUCUGAUUGGGUGUCAAUGUUUUUAUCAUUCAUCAGCUGGAAAAAAUUGCUUUGAAAGUGAUUCCAACAAUCUUGUUUCUCCGUGCCUUUAUCGUUACAGCUGUGGUGUGGACUCUGUAAUAUUGAGGAUGUUUUUUAGAAUUAUAUUGUAAUUAUCUUUAUAGUUAUCAUCUCUGGUGUAAAUAGGCCUUUAGUCACUAAAUUAGGCUGCACCUAUUCCUACAACUACAUGCCUAUUGUCCAAAAUCACACCCUCCUCAGACAUUCCAGCCAAACUUAUGUCAAGAAACCCAUUUACUUUUAGAAAACAUAUAAAUAUUUAAAUUUAUUAAAAAAAGGUUAUUAAAAAUACAUUUUGUUAAUUUAUUAUUAACCUGAUGGAGAUAUAUUUGACAUUAAAGAUACUUAUAUAUCUGUGUGUGUGUGUAUAUGUACAUACACUCAUGCUUCUCAACAUCAUGUGUUGUUUCCUCAAGCAUCAAUGAUUCAUCAGUGUUUCUAGCCUUUUCUGAUAGUUGUGCACAUUGAUUUUGCAAAGGGAAUGUAAACUUGUGAGAUACUGUUUAAACUUGCAAGCAUAUUGUACUGUGUAUUUUAUUACAUUAAACAAAUGUAAAUAACUUUA